AUCGGCCACAAACAGCGGAAAUUCGGGGUUAGAAACAUGUUGUGUGCUGUAUUUUCUUGAAGAUAAAUCCUUGUUUUCUUCACACUGCCAAAGCUGGAAUAUGUCAGAUAACAGGCUUGAUCGCAAGAGAGGAGCAGCCUCCCAACAUAGUGAUAAUGAGGAAAGUUCGGAUGAGGCUGAGGACGAAAUGAUUUUCUAUGAAGAAUCGUCUGAAAGUGAGCCUGAACUGGAGUGUGAACUUUGGGACAACGACUGUAAACUAUUGGAACAAACUCAGCCAGCAAGAAGCAUCAUUGGAUGUCAUCUAAUGGCAACAUGUGCAAACGAUCCCCUCACUCAGCCGAAGAAGAGAAUAAAACUACAGCCAAACUUCCAAGCUGAGCUGAACGAGCCGACCUUCAAAGAGGAUUUGAAAAAAAGCUGGACUUCAAAUUCUCCGAUUAGCAACAAGCACUUGGAAGUAAUCACCAGUCCAUUUAAAGUAUGUGUUGUGAAGAAGCUUCUAGAUAACCCGGCUCUGCUAGACGACUUAAGAAAACGCCUUUACGAAAUAAGCUUUAAUGUGCGAAAUAUGGAUCUUUACGAAUUCUUCCAGUCCAAAGACCUGAAAUAUUUAACAUCGAUAGAUUCAAUUGAAACUGUUUAUGACUUUCUGAAAAAUGACCUGAUGAAAUGGAUUGCUUCGAUUACCGGUUAUGACUUGACUCAUAUAUCAGCCACCUGUAGCCUAUACAGUAACACUGAUUAUCUUUUAGUGCACGAUGACCAAAGAGAGGAUAGAAAAGUAGCGUUUAUUUUAUAUUUAACAGACGAAUAUGGGUGGGAGACAAAGGACGGAGGCUCCUUGCAGUUGUUUUCCAAGGAUCAAAAUGGGCAGCCUCUGGAAGUGGUUAGAGAAAUCUUUCCAGGAAACAACCAGUUGGUUUUCUUUCCCGUAACCAAUGACUCUUACCAUCAGGUUGCUGAAGUGACGAGUUUGAACAAAUACAGAUUAUCAAUUAACGGCUGGUUUCACACUAAAGUUCCCCCUGUGUUUGAUUUGCCACUUUACAAGCCCCUAGAAAACAGCCUGUACAGUCGCGAUUGCCACCAUUCAAAAGUAGUGGACAUUGACCUGGAAACCUGGAUUAAGGAAGAUUAUCUAAAUGGCAAAACCAUUAAACUAAUUCAAAGCUAUAUUGAAGAAAACUCGGAAAUUUCCUUAAAGGAGUUUUUCCGCAAGGAAUCGUUAGCGGCAAUUUUGGACAAUUUGCAAAGCCUUGAUUUAAAAUGGGUGAAAGUAUCCCCAAUAAACAGGUACUCCUAUGAAAUAGCCGACUCGUCAACGCUUCCGCAUAAUCUCGAACGAUUAUUGGACCUGUUUCAAUCCAAUCAAAUGUUUCGCCUAUUGCAAAGGUACACUGAUUUGGAGUUGGCCAAUGGCAGGGCUUCAAUGAAAUUCGAAUUGCAACGCUGGACGCCUGGAAGUUAUGCCUUAUUGACUGAGUACGAUUGGAAGGAGAAAAACGAGCUCGAUCUCGUUAUGUACUUUGGUUGCAAAGACAAUAAGAGGGUGAUUGGUGCGCGCACUCAUUACGUUACUAUUGAAGAUGAAGUUCAAAACGCCCUCAUCACCAUCGACCCGGAGGAAAACAAUUUGAAUAUUAUUUACAGAGACUCGGCCAGGUUUACUAAAUAUUUUAGCAAACAGAGCCAGUGUCAGUGUUUCUAUGCUCUGAUUUGUGCCUAUUCUGAAUAAAUAAAUCGACUUGAGUUUUUCCGAA